UCCAUGCGCAUGCGCAGUGGUGGCCCCGCGAUGGCGGCGCCCGAGGAGUCACUGAGGAGGCGGAAGGUCGGGAAUGCGGGCGCCGAGCCUGGGUCUCCGCCGGGGCCUGGGCCGGGGUGCGACCCCACGGGCUGUUCGGCCCGUCUCCGAGCGGGCACUUUCUGGCUGACCAGGAUCGUGCUCCUGAGGGCCCUCGCUUUCAUUUACUUUGUGGCAUUCCUGGUGGCUUUCCAUCAGAACAAGCAGCUGAUUGGAGAUCGGGGCCUGCUGCCCUGCCGCACGUACCUAAAGAGCGUACAGCAGUAUUUCCGGGGCCCGGUCGGCUGGGAUGCCGUGAGCUAUGCACCCACCGUGCUCUGGCUGCUGGACUGGUCACACAUGGACUCCAACCUGGAUGCCCUCGCACUUCUCGGGUUGGGUGUCUCCUCUUUCGUCCUGGUCACCGGCUGUGCCAAUAUGGUGCUCAUGGCCACUCUCUGGGUUCUCUACAUGUCCCUGGUCAACGUGGGACAGAUCUGGUAUUCAUUUGGAUGGGAGUCCCAGCUUCUGGAAACAGGAUUCCUGGGGAUCUUCCUGUGCCCUCUUUGGACUCUGUCUCGAUUGCCCACGGGGACCCCCCCGUCCCAGAUUGUUCUGUGGGGCUUUCGGUGGCUGAUUUUCAGAAUCAUGCUUGGAGCAGGCCUGAUCAAGAUCCGGGGAGACCAGUGCUGGCGGGACCUCACCUGCAUGGACUUCCACUAUGAGACGCAGCCAGUGCCCAACCCUGCGGCCUACUUCCUGCACCAGUCCCCAUGGUGGGUCCACCGCUUUGAGACGCUCAGCAACCACUUCCUGGAGCUUGUGGUGCCCUUCUUCAUCUUCCUCGGACGGCGGAUGUGCAUCCUCCACGGGGCCUUACAGAUCCUGUUCCAGGUGGUCCUCAUCAUCAGCGGGAACCUGAGCUUCCUGAACUGGCUGACCAUGGUGCCCAGCGUGGCCUGCUUUGAUGACGCCACUUUGGGGUUCUUGUUUCCCUCCGGGCCCGGUGGCCUUAAGGACCGAGUCCUGAAGCUGCAGGAGGAGGCUGCCCGAGGGGCCCGGCCCCCCCUGCGAUAUGGCUGCAUGGUGCGGCGGGCAGUGCACAUGGCGCUGGGCAUCCUGGUGGCCUGGCUCAGUGUCCCCGUGGUCAUCAACCUGCUGAGUCCCACGCAGAUCAUGAACACCUCCUUCAACCCUCUCAGGAUCGUCAACACAUACGGCGCCUUUGGGAGCAUCACCAAGGAGCGCACGGAAGUCAUCCUGCAGGGCACAGCCAGCCCCAAUGCCAGCACACCGGAUGCCGUGUGGGAGGACUACGAGUUCAAGUGCAAGCCGGGUGACCCAGGGCGGCGGCCAUGCCUCAUCUCCCCCUACCACCACCGCCUGGACUGGCUCAUGUGGUUCGCCGCCUUCCAGACCUACGAGCACAACGAGUGGAUCAUCCACCUGGCAGGCAGGCUCCUGGCCAAUGACGCCAUGGCUGUGUCCCUACUGGCCCUCAACCCUUUCGAGGACAGGGCGCCCCCCAGGUGGGUCCGGGGUGAGCACUACAGGUACAAGUUCAGCCGCCCUGGGGGCCAGCACGCUGCUGCAGGCAAGUGGUGGGUCCGCAAGAGAAUCGGCCCCUACUUCCCCCCACUCAGCCUCCGUGACCUAGAGGACUACUUUCGGUCACGGGAGUGGCCAUACCCGGAACUGGAGUAGAAGCGGCCCCAGGUCUGUGCACAGAGGAAUAAAGCAGGAAGGCCCGGCCACUGGAGUGAAGUGUCGUGUGCCUGGGCACCGUUGCCCUGCACCCAGACCUCCUGGAAAGCAGGCUGAGAGAGGGGGUCCCUGGGCCGGCAUGUCCCCUCCUUCCAUCCUGAGUUCAUCACAGAGAGCCCCAUGAAGCACGUGACCCCGUGGUGUCCACCCGCCUCCAAAGCACAGGGGAGGGCUGGUCCCCAGUCAUGGCCCCUACACCCGGGGAGCUGAACCCCAUCACACGCUUGGUGUGGCCACAAGGAAGCUGCCACUCCCUGCCUGUGCUCUUAGCCCCCCACAUCCGUCCCCCCACGUCCAGGAGAGGCCUGGGAAAGGGAGAAGCCACGGCUCCCGGUCCUGCUCAGAACCUUCGUGCCUCCCCAGGUCUAGCCUCCAGAGGCGCUGACAGAACCCCUUUGUUGUUCCUUGGGCGGGCCACCACCUCCUCUGUGACCACGUCCUCCCCCCUGCCCCACCCUCCCUGACCUGCAGGCCUGGGCCCUCGGAGUGCCCACAGCAGCAGUUCUGACUAGAUGAUUCUUUGCGGGGCGAUCCUUCUGGGGCCCUCUGCCAUUUGAAGUGGGAUGUGGCCCCAAUUCUUUACUGCCUGAUGUGAGCUGUGAGCAAACUGAAGUCCCACCUGAGGGGCAGUCUCCCUGCUGACCCACCAGCCAAGCACCGGGGUGGCACAGGCCCCCGCCCCAGUCACCGGACAGUCCACCCCUCCUCCCCCCCCGCAACUGUCCAGCGGGCCUGGCUGCACCAGAGAGGGUCCCGGCACGAACGAGGUGGUUCAGGCAGGAGGCCCGGCCGAGGUGGGCACAAGUGCCGGUCUGUGUGGAGCGCCCGCCCCAACAGCCCGCCUGGGGGGCCAGCCAGUCCAGGUGCCAACAGAGAGGCCGUGUUCCUGCUCGCAGGGAAACAGGCUCCCUGUGUCUGUCUCAGAACAGACUCGGCCUCAGACGAGGAGCCUGGAGCCAGCAAGUCUGCCCGCGGCAGCCGCAUGGAGCUGACCACCGGCCCGCCGUGGCCUGGGCAGCCCUUCCCGGGGGGCUGUCCCGGGAGCUGUGCCGCUGGGUGGGGGCACCAGAGUGGGCAGGGGGCCUGGGCUUGGGUGGCCACCCUGCCAGCCCUUCUUGCUGCACUCUGGGCUCACUGCCACCCAGGGACUCAGAACCCCUGCCCGGGGGCUCCUCUCUGGGUCUCAGUCCAGCUCUACACCCACCCCACCCCCCCGUCUCCCAGGAACCCCUAAGAGACACACAAUGCUUAGGCCUUAGUUGCAUACCCGUCCUGGGACAAGACAAACAUCUGCUCACCUUGGGGGCCAUUGCAGGGGACUCCAGGUCCAGGCACUGGAGCCUCUGGCAAAAGGGACCCCAUUAGAUCUCCUCCCCCGGCCUCCACCCUUCCAGAGGCUAAGGGCCCCCCAGCCUCCAUCCGAGUCAGCAGACAGAGCCUAGCCGGAGGCCCACAGCCUCCUGAGAGACUGCAGCCCUCCUCCACUCGCAGUCCUCCCAUGGCUACCCCACCUCACUGAGCACAAGCCCGGGGUCAGCACGUCACCCCACCAGCCUACCAGGCCACAGGGCCUUUGCUGUGGCAGCCCCCGUGCCAGCACCCACACAGCCCACACCCCCUCCAGGGCCCAAGCCACUCGCAGUCACACACCAGGCUGGUGGGGGCUUGGCCUGGCCUGGAUAAACCGUCCACCUCACGAAGGAGAAAGGCCCAAACUCUGCAUCUGCUCUGCCCGACACUGCCCUCUCUCGGAAUCUGCUAUUUCUUGGUCAACACAAGAGAAACUUCAGGAGAUGGGGGCUCGGGGACACGGGAUGUGAGCCCACCCUUCCUCCCCAGCCACCCAGGUCUGAGGCGGCCCCGGACAACUGUGUCCAGGUGGACUGAGUGCAUUCUUUCCUCCCCGCUGGUAAGAAACAGACGUGGCAGAAACCGAGGGCGUCAGGCUUAGGUCAACGUGCCAGAGAUGCUGCCCUCACCCUCCAAAACCCAAGGGGCGGGGGAAAGCGCCAAGGUUCAAGGGAGGGGCCAGGGACAGCAGCCCACGCCACAUGUGAGGCAGGGUGUGCACAAGCCUUCGUCCAACCGUGGGGCGUAGGCAUCUGCUCACUUGCUGAGAGGGUCCUCAGGCCAGAGACCCGCUGGGGCAUCAAGUUCCUGGUGUGUCCCCCCUCUCCCCCUGGGUCUCCUCCAUCUGCACUGGGACGGUCUAUGCUCUGCAGUCCCAGGCCACUGGGGGCUGGCUGCACACGGUCCGCACACCUCAGGCCCAGGGGCUCUGCAGGAGGAUGGACACAGUGGUGAAUCCAAGAAUGUUACAGAUGACUAAAAUUGGCCCAAGUGGGGCCUGGGGAACCUGAGCAGUUCUUACUCAUAACUGUUCCACUCAGUUUCUUUUGCAAUUACCCACGCUGUUCACCACAUGUCCCUGUAACUUCCAUAACUCUCCCCCUCUCUGGGGUGAUGGCCCUUCUCCAUUCCUGAUGCUUUGGGCUUUCCCUUCUUAUCUCCUUGUCAGUCUCAAAGCCCCAACACUGGGUUUUCCCGUCAGCUCUCCUGUUCACUAGCUCCUUCCUCCACAGUCCAGGCAUUCACUCUUUGCCGUCUUGGACUGAAAACUGCCAUUUCCUUCUAUUCCUCCUCCUCAUCUCUAGGAAAUGCGGCUAAAGACCCCCAGCUGCACUUGCAGCCUCUGCUGGACGCUGUGAACCUUCUCUGAAUUCUAGAAAUGUUGAUUUCCCGAUUAACUCGUCAAAAAAAAUAGAGGGGGAGGAUUUUAAUUUCCAGAUGAAUGGAUUUGCAGCUUUUAUCUUCAAUUUUAUCACAUGCAUUUGUCACCCCCAAGCACCCUUAUGAUUGACAUCCCUUUUAGAAGUGAACAGGCUCCUGGGAAGGACAGCCUCUUGAAUCCUGAGGCAGCUGUUUGCCUCCAUCUGCUGAGAAGGUCUCCUGCUCAGCAGCACAACAACCACCUGUUCCCUGGGUCCAUUUCCCCCUUGACCUCUCUGCCUUGUAUCUACACAGUACAAAGAUGCCAUCAUCCUCAGGGAUGCAGUUUCAAAGCCACUGAGUAAAGUGGAACUGACAUAUCAGCAAAGAGACCUUUAAACUCCUAUAGUAAUCAAUGAAAUUAAUAAGACUUUAACUUGACUGACAAAGAAGAUGCAAAUAACUAAAAUCAAAGUAAAGCGGAGACAUUACUACUGACCUUAUGGAAAUAAAAAGGAUUACAAGAGUGCUAUGAGCAACAGUAUGCCAAAAAAUUAGAUCACAUCAUUGAAAUGACAAAAUCCUAGAAACACAAACUACCAAAAGUGACUCGGGAAGAAACAAAGUUGUAAAAGAUCUACAACAAGUAAAGAGACUGCAUCAGUAAUCAAAAACCUCCCAAUAAAGAAAAAUACUGGACAAGAUGGCUUCACUGUUGAAUUCUACCAAGAAUUUUAAAAGAAUUAACACCAAUCCUUCCCAAACUCUUCCAAAAAAUUAGAAAAGGGAAAACUUCCUAGCUCAUGAGGCCAAUUUUAACACUGAUAACAAAGCCAAAGACACCAAUAUCCCUUAAAAUCUUUGCAUCUGUAAGCAAAAAUCCUCAACAAAAUACUAGCAAAAUAACAGCAUGAUAAGAGGAUUAUAUGCCAUGACCAAAUGGCAUUGCUUAAGAAAAUCAAUCACUGCCAUACAUCACAUCAACAGAAUGCGGGGGGCAGGGAGGGACAGUACAUGGUCUUCUCAACUGAUGCAGGAAAAGCAUUUGACAAAAUCCAAUACCCUUUCAUGAGAAAAGCCCCUCAGGAAACUUCAACAUAGUAAACGGUAGUUAGCAAAAACCCAGAGCCAAUAGUGAAAGAGUAAAAAGUUUUCCCCCGAAGAUCCAAACUGAGACAAGAAUGCCCAUUGUCGUCAGUGCCACUUAACACCGUAAGUUCCAGCCAGAGCAAUUAGUCAAAAAAACAAAAAGCUUUAAAAAGAAAGAAGUAAAACCACCUCUAUUCACAGAUGACGUGAUCCUAUAGAUAGAAAAUUCCAAUGAUCCACCAAAAGAGAAAACACCAAAAGAAAUUAACACUAGAGCUAAUAAACUAACUCAGCAAAGUUACAGGGAAAAGAAUCAACACCAACAAAUCAGAUGUGCUUCUAUACACCAGCAAUGAGCAGUCUAAAACAGAAACUAAGGAAACAAUUUCAUUUACAAUUGCAUCCAAAAAAAUACCUACCAAAAAACAACCAAGGAGGACAAAAGACUUGUACACUCAAAAACUACGUAACACUGCUGAAAAAAAAUGCUAAAGAAGACCUAAAUCAGUGGAGACACCCACAUCUGUAAACAUGUGACAAAUAGUAUUAAGAUGACAGUACUACCCAAAGCAGUCUACAGAGCCAAUGAAAUCUCUACCGAAAUUCCAAUGGCUUUUUCUUCGUAUAAAUGGAAAAGCCAACGCUCAAAUUCACAUGGAAUUGCAAAGGGCCCCAAAUAACAAAAACAAUCUUUAGAAAGAAUUGGAGGAUUCACAUUUCCUAAUUUGAAAACUUACUACAAAGUUGUUGUCAUCAAAACAGUGUGGUCUUGGCAUAACAAGAGACACGUGGACAAGAGGAAUAGAAUGGAAACCUAAUAAACCCUCACACAUAUGGUCAAAUUAUUUUUGACAAAGAUGCCAAGACAGGGAAUGGGCAGUUGGUGCUGGGAAAGCAGGCCUUAAAAGCACUAAAGAAUGAAGUUGGGUCCUUACCUCACACUGUAUUCAAAAAUUAACUCAGGAAGCGGCUGGGUGGCUUAAUCAUUAAGCGUCUGCCUUUGGCUCAGGUCAUGAUCCCAGGGUCCUGGGAUCGAGCCCCGCAUCGGGCUCCCUGCUCC